UUUUGAGUUGACUUGGUGAACUUUCGUCCUUUCGAAAAUAAAAACCUGUGACACGAGCAAGGCCGACAAUUCUGCGCCAUGUCGCUUUCCAUUGGAGUAGAUGUGGGUGAAACAAAUACUACUGCUGUUAUCCUAAAAGAAAAGGAGGUGCUUUGCUCGUCUGAAGUUCCAACCAGGCAAGAUGUCACAUCUGGCGUCAUUGAGGCCAUUGAAUUAGUGCUGAGGCAGCUUCCAGAAGAACAUGCGCACAAUCGUGGUGAGAAUUUUGAAAAAGUCAGCAUCGGCGCCACCCUGUUUGAGAAUGCUGUCAAACAAGGAAAAAACCUCUCAAAGGUAGCUCUGUUCAGGCUGUGUUACCCUGCAACUGUCGCAAUUCCACCGCCAUGCGUACCUGCCUUACAUAAGUUCUUUUACCUUAAUGGAGGAUGUGAGACUGACGGUACUACUAUAACACAUGUUGAUGAAGAUCAAUUAACGCAGAAAACGAAAGAAGUGUACAUUGAAGGAAUAACGCAUAUAGCCAUUGUUGGAGUCUACUCUCCUAAGUAUACCGAUCAAGAAGACCGUGCGAAUAGAGUUAUCUCGUCUACAAGUCCAGAGAUGAAAAUAACACUUUCUCACAAAGUGUGUGACGAGGAAGACUUCCUAAAACGCGAGCAUCUAUCUAUCAUGAACGAGAGCCUGAGGCCACUUUGUGAACACACAGUGGAAACAUUGUCUACAGCCUUGAUGGAGCUUGGCUUGAAGUGCCCUUUUUAUUUCACAAGGGGUGAUGGCAAAUUGAUAAGUUUCGAGGAUACACGACGCUUCCCAGUGCUGACCUUAACAUCAGGCCUAACAAAUAGCAUGCGAGGUGCAGCUUUUCUAACAGGAGUGCAGAAUGGUAUCGUGAUCGUGAUUGACAUUGGAGGAACAAACAUGCAUGUAGGGUCAAUAAAAGAUGGAUUCCCGAAACACUUAUCAGGAAAGACUGUAAAGCUUGGAGGAGGAUCAAUUGUGCAAGAAUCAAAAGAAGGAAAAACCGUUAGCCAAACGUUGACAACCAAAGCACUCGUGUUUGGUGGAAAAGCCACUACAGCGACCGACAUUGCUGUUGCGUCUGGUUUCAGUGAUAUUGGUGAUAAGGAAAAAAUGAAACACCUUUCACAAAAAUUUCAAGAAGGAGAAUUGGAGGAUGUCAAGAAAAAAAUUCAAGCAGCAAUUGAUCAAGCUAAACCAAGUGAUGAAGCCCAACCGGUCAUCGUUGUAGGUGGAGGCGCAAAUCUUUUGAACCCAGAUAAUCCAAUUCAAUUUAAAGGAGCCUCUAAAGUCAUCAUUCCUCGACAUUUCCAGGUUGCAAAUGCAGUCGGUGCUGCUGUUGCUGUAUUGGAACAAUAUACCAGAGAGCCCUCACCUCUUCAAAAAGCAUCUAUAUUGUUACAACUCGCCAAAUCAGACGUUGAAGAAACAAUCCUGCAAACUGAGCCGUUCAUAGACCCAGUAACUGGAGACUGGAUCUUGAAAAAAUACGAUAUUGAAUGUAUCACUCUUGGAGCCGGGAUUAUGGCGUGCGGUGGAGGAGGCAAUACAAACAUUGGGAAAUUGAGAGCCAUGGCAUCUUUGGAAAGGAAUGGGGAGAUUCGCGUUGUUCACCCUGGCAAAUUAGGCACAGAACCCGAACUGACUGGUCCCGUUGCAGUGGUAGCUCUAAUGGGAAACCCAAUGAUGGUCUGCGAGAGACUAAUCAGUGGCCUGGAGAGCGCAUCAGCGCUGAAGAAAAUGGAGGAAGGCCAUUGCCCCGAAGAUGAGCCAUCGUCUCGUACUGAACCUGUAGCCCUCCUGUGUAUUGAAAUGGGUGGCAUAAGCACUACAGAACCUUUGGCCGUUGCUGGAGAUAAAAAAAUCCGCAUUGUAGACGCAGACGGUAUGGGGCGGGCCAAUCCUGUACUGGAGAUGUUCCUACCCUAUGUUUAUGGCAGCCCAACAUCCUUCUCAGCUAUUGGGGAUGAAAAAGGUAACACCCAAUCGUUUUGUGCCAAUUGCCCUAAAGAAAUGGAGGAGCAUUAUAGAAAGGCAAUUGGGGAGAUGGGAGAAAUGGCUGGUAUUGCGUUUACUAUAAACUGGACGUUCGUGAGUGAAGCUACAUGUCCCUUAUAUUCUCUCAGUCGUCUAAGGAAAUUGGGCAACACUGUACUUGAAGCAAGAAAAAAGAAACAAGAUCCUGUGGAAAGCAUCAUUGAACACGAGAAUGGCAAAAUUAUAUUCCAAGGAGAGAUUGUCGAGGUUACAAACGGCGGCGGAGGCGGUUUUUGUGAAGGAACCAUAAUAAUUGAGGGGUCGAGGCCCGAAGCUGACUUAAACGAAAAGCUUUACAUUGCAGUCAAAAAUGAAAACUACUUGGCCUACGUUUGUGACGUCAAGGGUGACAAAACAUAUCUUGCCGCUGUUCCCGAUCUGAUUUCUUUGGUAAAGGAGGACGGCAGCGCCAUCACAACAGAAAUGGUGCAAAAAGAUCUACAUGUUUCUGUUAUCGCCAUGCCCUGCAACCCACUGUGGAAAACCAAAAAAGGAAAGAAAGCUGGAGGCCCGGCGGCUUUUGGCUGCCAUGACGACGUAAAGCCCGACAAACCAUUAGGAAAGUAUAAGUGGUAUCCUCCGAUUCCUCAAAUAAAAACAGACCACUGAUCGAUCGGUUCCUGUUUUUUUUAGGGGGGGGAGAGCAAAAGAUACAUUUUUUUUACAUGAAGCUGCGUGCUUGUAACCAAGAAUGAUUAACAUUUUAAUACAAUCUGAUCAAACAAAUAUUGACAUCUGAUAAUUUUUUGAGGUACAAUGUAAGAGUGCCGUAGCUAGUGUCUAAAAAAAACUGCAUUCUGCACCAUUAAUGUUUGAGAGAGAAUAGUUCGGAUAUUUUUUCAAAUAAUCUUCGAGAAAUGACAUACUCUCGU